UGAUUAAUUGAACCUGGGGUUUAUUUGCAUUGAAUAAUGUGUUUUAUUAUUACAGGGCAGGAAGCAGUUGAUUUGAAUUCCAUAUUUAAUGAGUGAUGGUUUGGGCAUUUUCCCACGCGACUAAUUCGGGGGAACCAGCGGAGGGACGAAACCGGCUAUCAAGUGAAAGGUGAUAGCCCACUUGCAAAAAUGUGUUAGUGCCUUUCUAGGUUAGCUUAGAAGAUUUACUUUAGCUUCCUGUCUCACACUGACCCCCCCCCCCCAUCCUCCAGAGACCUGCAGCUGGUGGAGAAUCAGACACGGUGCUUCUUUGCAAGCUUUCAAAACAUGCCGCAGCCUGAAGACACCGAAUUCAACGCUGGUGACUGGGGCUCGCUAAUGGACCAGACCGUGGUGUUGAUUACCGGCUGCUCCUCCGGCAUCGGGCUCAGUCUGGCCGUGCGGCUGGCCUCUGACCCCUCCAAGAUCUACAAAGUUUACGCCACCAUGCGAGAUCUUGCCAAGAAGAAGCGCUUGAUGGACUGUGUUAAGGACUCCCACAAGGACACAAUGGACGUUCUCCAGAUGGACAUCACCCACCACCAGUCCAUCCUGGACGUCAGGGACGGCAUUAAAGAAAAACGCGUCGACAUUCUGGUGUGUAACGCUGGGGUGGGGCUGGUAGGCCCCCUGGAGUCCCAGUCCAUGGAGAUGAUGAGGCAGAUCCUGGAGGUCAAUGUCCUGGGCACCAUCCGGACCAUCCAGACCUUCCUGCCCGGGAUGAAGGCGCGAGGAUCCGGCCGCGUUCUAGUGACAGGCAGCAUCGGAGGGCUGCAGGGUCUCCCGUUCAACGAGAUCUACUGUGCCAGCAAGUUUGCAGUGGAGGGCGUCUGCGAGAGUCUGGCCAUCCUCCUGCAGCACUUUAACAUCCAUGUCAGCCUGAUUGAGUGCGGCCCAGUCAACACGGACUUCCUGGCCAACCUGCGGCGGACCGAGCCAGGGGACGCCUCGCUGUCGCAGGCGGACGCUCGCACCCGCGCCCUGUACGCGACGUACCUCCAGCACUGCGACACCAUGUUCCAGGACGCCGCGCAGGAGGCCGGGGACAUCGUGCAGGUCUUCCUGGAAGCUAUCGAGGCCCAGAGCCCCGCUCUGCGUUACUACACCAACAGCGCCCUACUGCCCCUGACCACUCUGAAGCUGGCCGCGCGGGACGGCUCGCAGUACGUCAAGGCCAUGAACAAGUUCAUAUUCUCCAUCGACAAGGCGGGAGACUGCUGAGUGUCCCCACUGCAGACAGCAAUCAGUUUAACUUGUCAAUUACAGGGCAACCGCUGUAGCGUCCCUCUGCUGCAUGACACAUUAUGCAUGUGUGAGUAAAGAAAAACAAAAGUGUCUUUUAAUACCGCAGUUGAAGGGUGUUCAUUGUUUCUGUAGAUUCAGCUGGAAAUUAGCUGAAGUGAUGACACUUCUCCCGAAGAAGUGACUUCGGCAGCUCAGAAAAUAAAGUGUCGAUUGUUCAUUUGCA